AUGGCGCGAGGACGCGAUGACCGGGCCACACGACACCGUGACGACGGCGAAUAUCUCGACGAGCGAGAACGGAGACAUCGCCGACACAAGUCCCGCGAGCACCACGACAACGAACCCACAGCUUCCACACGAGAACGCAGAGAGCGCCGACGGGCGGAUGAGGCGAGGAGGCAAGCAGAGCUGGACAUUGAAGAUUUGAGGGCGCGCAGAGAAUCUUACUACUCACGCAACGAGGCCGAGCGGAGGCGCGACCGAGACAGUCGCAUGGAGAAGGAGAGCAGCAGACGGGCAGCUCCUGUCAAGGAAAAGUCACGCAGCAGUCGCGAAAAGGACGUGCGACGGGACAGCACGCGGAAGCCCAAGAGGCGAGAAGUGAUACCUGAUGAUGAGGACGACUUCGUCUUUGGCCGCCCCAAGUCCAUGGGCCAUGUCGAAGAAGUCACUGUGCGACGAUCGUCGGCGCGCAAGAGAAGCGAGGAAGGCAAUUCUUCUAGCAGGACUGCCUACACUCCGCAUUCUGGCUCUGGAUCUGCGUCAGUCCGCAGGGUCGAAGUCCCGCCGUUGACCAGGAAUUCUUCUACACGCGAGCCAAAAGCACAUACACGUGAUGCGCCUGUUAGAGAGGCCAGACCCUCUGGUACACGGCAGCGGAGCAACACUGUCAAGUCGCCACCCCCUACGCCGCUUACCAGGACGCAGUCGGUCAAGGAUGCUGCCCGUAAGAGUACUGGGGGCAUCUUAUCAAGCUUGUUCUCCAAGCCUACUCCCAUCUCACGUUCGUCUUCCCGUAGGGACCGGGAUGAGGAGAAGAGGGUCGACUGUCUCGUGUGCAUGAACGAUGACCUUCCUCUCAGCAAGACUGUCAAGCUUGCAUGUGGUCACCGCAUGUGCUACGGAUGCCUCAAACGCCAAUUCACCCUCUCGGUCAAGGAUCCUGCCCACAUGCCACCCCGAUGCUGCACCUCAGAGCACAUCCCGUUGAAGUAUGCCGACCGACUCUUCGAUGACAAGUUCAAGGUCCAAUGGAACAAAAAGUUCCAAGAGUACACAACCGCCAACCGCCUGUACUGUCCCUCGAAAGGAUGCGGCCAGUGGAUCAAGCCUUCAAAGAUCAAGAUGGACCCAACGUACGGCCGCAAGUACGCACGCUGCAGCUCAUGCAACACCAAGGUGUGCGUACUCUGCAACAGUAAAUUCCACACGAAGCGCGAAUGCCCCAAGGACGAGGAGACCAACCGUCUAGUCGAGAUGGCCAAGGAGAAGGGUUGGCAACGCCGCUGCACAGCACAAUUCUGCAUGGUCUGCGCCGCUCCCUGGAAAACCUGCAACUGCCCAUGGUUCAACUAUCAACACAUUCCCGACGACGACCGCCUAAACGACAUGCGCGUUCCCUACCCCCAACAAGCUCGCUACGCCGACGUAGAAGUCAUCGAAAUCCCGGAACAACCUUCUCCUCCCCUGGCCCGACGCCCCAGCGUCCGCACCCACAACCGCAGUGAACGCGACCUCCCCCGUCCCGAGUCCCGCAGGCUAUCUGCUCACCUUCGCAACUCGCUCCACCUCAACCCCACGCCGACCGUUUCUUCCGUCCGCCGCGAUGGACCGGAGGCCGCAGUAUACGGCGUUGGUAACGCGGCUGCCCACCACAUGAACGACUCGUACGCUAUCCGCACCCCCGUGUCUGCUGUCCGCACCGCAACCCGCACCUCGACACCCCGCGGAUCCUUUUUCAGCAGUAGCACACGCCGCCCUGCGCCUGCUCCCGCUCCCGUUCCUGUAGCCCGUCCCGUUCGACCUGCUCCCCCUCAGCAGGUCGUCACCUCUUCUACCAUGGCUGGUCUAUCCCGCGACGGCCGCAAAGUCGGGCAGAACCGUGUGGGCACUUGGCUCACUCAUGUCCAAAUCGAUCCUGAAGCUACCAACACAGCGGCACAGGAUGUCGAGGUGGAUGACUGGAGGUGCGAUGGUACUAUGAUUGGUAUCGACUAG